CGCAUGAGUAAGAGAUCCGUUUCUCAAAUGUACUUGACUGUGACUAGUAGGGAAAAGAACGACCUAUGGAGAAUUGGCAACUCCCAGACACGGUGAAGUUUACGUAGAGAAUAAGGAGAAAAGGGUGGAGUUAAUGCUUAGCUUCUGUCUAUAAAAGUCGGUGUGGGGCCAACUGCUUUCAGUCGGAUUCUCUGAAGUUCGGCGCAUCCCUUCUCCUUUUUCUCGUUUCUGCAACCUAUUCCAAGCCCAGACAUCGCAAGCACAUAGUCGGCGGCCUUUGGGCCAGUCUUCCCCCAGGCGCGACCCCCGCUGUCACUGAGCCGCGGGACCCUUGAAGAGCCAGGUGAGCGGGGCGGGAGGACGGCAGCCUCCAGAAGCAGCCAAGUCGGCCUAUGCACGGGCCUCUCAGGGUCCUGCAGACCCUCCUCUUUCUUUCAGGGCUUGAUCCCCUCCUCCGCCACUGCGGUAGUCGGUCCCUCACCAGGAGCUGAUACCCGCCGGGCUCGGAGGUCGCCUCCGGGCACUUCCUUAUCACUUUCUCGCUCUGGGCGGGGGAGAGGUUUAUCUUACCCAGAAAAAGAAACUAACUUUUUCCUACAUUGCGACUGCGCGGUUUCAUCCCGGCUGAUAAGAUUCAUUAAUGGCGAAUUUCCCGGCAAAAUCCCGCAGUGACUGCCUUCCUGGUUUGGCCUAGGACUUCUCUGAGGCAGCUGGUCACCAGACAGAAGGACCCGACGGCCCUCGAGAGUGAAUAAGCAUUUGGUCUUGAAACCAAAGAAAAACCUGAGUUCAAGUUCCGUCCUCUGACAUAUUACUGAUUGUAUGAUCCCACAGGAGCCAUUUAAUUUCUAGGCAACUUUCCAAGAUUUCUUCUGAGAGUACUAGGCAACUUUCUAAUACUCAGAUCUGGCUGUACAAAAAAAAGAAUGCUUUGGCUUAGCUGAUUUAUACAAAUAAGAGUUUUGAAUGCCAGGAUUAUGGUAAAGAAAGAGCUGCCUUUCCCAGAGGACUGUCCAUCUAAACAAGAAACAGACAUGUCUUUGGAUGACAUGGAGAUGAAAACCGACGACUUGUUAGAGAAGGAGCAGAUAGACAGUGGAGGGUUUGGAAUGGUGUCCUUGUGUUUUCAUAGAAACCAUGGGCUUGUGAUCUUGAAAAAUGUAUACACCGGUCCCAAGCGCACCGAGUAUAAUGCUGCCCUCCUGGAAGAAGGGAAGAUCAUGCACAGGCUGAAGCAUAAUCGAGUAGUGAAGUUCCUAGGCUUUAUUUUAGAAGAUGGGAAUUAUUCCCUUGUAAUGGAGUAUAUGGAAAAAGGGAAUCUAAUGAAGGUGCUGAAGACAACCAGUAUCCCCUUAUCUGUGAAAGGAAGAUCCAUUCUAGAGAUCAUUGAAGGAAUGUGCUACUUGCAUGGAGAAGGUGUGAUACACAAAGACCUAAAGCCAGAAAACAUCCUCGUGGAUGAAAACUUCCACAUUAAGAUAGCAGAUCUUGGUGUUGCCUUCUUUAAGACAUGGAGCAAACUGACUAAAGAGGAAAACAACAGGCAGAGGAAAAUAAAUACUGCUGUUAAGGCAAAUGCUGGCACCCUGUUGUACAUGGCCCCAGAGCAUUUGAAUGAUGUCAACGCAAAGCCUACAGACAAGUCAGAUGUGUACAGCUUUGCCAUAGUGCUCUGGGCAAUUUUUGCAAACAAGGAACCAUAUGAAAAUGCUAUUUGUGAACAACAAAUAAUAACAUGUAUUGGAAAUGGAAACAGACCAAAUGUGGAAGAAAUAGCUGGAAAGUGUCCAAAGGAGAUUAUUGAUCUCAUGGUACGCUGCUGGAAUGGGAAUCCAGAAGAUCGGCCAACCUUUAGUGAAAUUGACCAAGAAUUCAGACCUUUCUAUUUGAAACAAUUAGGAGAAAAAGUAGAAGAAGAUGUGAAGAGUUUAAAAGAAACAUAUCCUUCUCCAAAUGAAGUAGUAAAAAGGAUGCAAUCUCUCCAGGUUGAUUCAGUACCAGUGGCCCCAAGCAGGACAAAUUCAGAACAACCCAAUUCACUCCAUAGCUCUCAGGAACUCAGGACUGGUAGCAUUGAUGAGUCUAUGUUUGCUCCUUACCCUGAGAACCAGCCAGUGGAGAAUGAGUCCAGUCCUGAGGCCCAGAGCCUACAAAGCAAGCUCCAAGAAGAGGCAAACUACCAUCUUUAUGGCAGCCGAAUGGAUAAGAGGACAAACAGUCAAUUUAAAAAUGCUGUGGAGAAGAGAGAGGAAGAAAGGAGACGAAGAGUCUCACAUGACCCUUACGCAGCAGGGCCUGCUCCCCGUACAACUUCUCCAUUUUAUCCGAAUACUUUCCUUUCUGGGAAGGGUUACCACCUUCCCGAUGCAAACAGUCACAACAAUCUGUCCCAGAGGCCCGCAGAACCAUCCACCCCACUCCCAGUGCUGAAUAACCAUCCAGUUUUUGGAUCAAGGCCAAUGGAUUCAAGAACAAACAACGUCCUUGGACUGAACCCAAGUGGUGUAUCUACCCCCUUUAAAAUACCCGUGCCUGAAUCUAACACAGGAGCCAGCAUGCCUACUCUCCCUUUCGAUGCAAUCGGUCAAGUAAACAGCAUGUCAACUAUGAUGAAGAAUUUCUCUUUUGUUCCUCAGAUUCCUGUAUCUCUACCAGGCUUUGAAGGCUCAGUGCCAUGCAAGAUCAUCAACAGCAGUGGCAUUCAGUUUGGAAAUAACAAUUACAUGGUGAUUGAUGACAGCAGUCUGAUGGCUAGAAACAUACCCACCAACAUCCAGCAAGAAUCAGAAUCCAAGUAUCAGCACAUAUUUGAAGAUACCACCGGUGUGCUUGAUAAACACCUGGACCCUGUAAGAGAGAAUCUUGGAAAGAAUUGGAAAAAAUGUGCCCGGAGGUUGGGCUUCACUGAAUCCCAGAUUGACGAAAUUGACCAUGACUAUGAUCGAGAUGGACUGAAAGAAAAGGUGUUCCAGAUGCUCCAGAAGUGGCUAAUGAGAGAAGGCAACAAGGGUGCCACUGUUGGAAAGCUAGCCAAAGCUCUUUUCCAGUGCCAGAGAAUAGACCUUGUGAAUAUUUUGAUAUUUGUAAACCAGAACUAGCCUGAUGGGUAUAAAUUGGAAGAAAUGCAUGUAAAUACUUUUUCACUAUGCAGCUCAAUGUAAAUUAUGCUGUCUGUAGACAUUUCUCUGUGAUCAGCCUUUUACCUGCCCAGCUGCAUUCAAGGAAUCACAUCAACCAUUACUGCCAAGUUUGUCUGCAUGGCCCCAUCUUUCAAUCUUGCCUGGCCUUUGGGUACUUGUCUGCCUGCCCACAGGAAAGGGCAGCUGGAACCUGCAAUGAUCUCAUCUCUUUAGCAUUAAUCUCAUUUCCUUAAUGGUGCUAUAAUGGAUGAGAAGUUGAAGUGACACUAAUCAUAUCUCCUCAUUUGAUGUUGCAUCCAGCACAAUAAAAGACAUGGGUCUUUUAAUCUGAGGAGGGAAACCUUUGACAUGAAAACAUAGGGCAGGAGGAAAGAAAUGCGGAUAAUAUAAAGAAUACACAAAGAUGUGUAUUGGAAGCAACUCUGAGACUUCUUCAGCUUGCAGGGGUUAAGAGUUGUACAUUUAUUUGCAAGUUAACCAAUGAGAAUGAGGAAUUCACAAUACAAUAGAUUAUUGAAAGUAACAACAUCUGUUUCCACAUCAAUAAUACAAGAUUCUUGGGGAAGGAUGCUCAUGCCUAAUUUUGCUGAUUCUAAAAGUGAAGCACAAUAUGUAAGUCUGUUUCCUACAAGUUAUGAUGUUGUACAUAUUUCAUCAAUCUUCCUUGUAUUAUAACCUAUCUAUAGGAUCCCUUUCCUGCUAUUACAAAUAUGUGAGAACUGCUUGCUGUCUAACUUUGGGAAAGUUGGUAGAUAAACAAUCUGCUUACUCAGAUGGUAGAUGAGAGGAUGUGCCCCUUUUUAGAAAGAGUUAAAAUAUGUUUGUUUCUUGCCUUGAGACUUUAGCCCCAAAUCAAUUCUUUUAUUAAAGGUUUCAGUACAUAUCAAUCAUGUGAAUUAUUAAAUUUAGCCAUAAUGAGAAAAUUGCUUUUGCAACUAUAUCUUACUUUCACUAUUGUUUUUUGGGAUCAGCUUUGACCAUAUUUUUAUAAUCCUCUGGAUUUAUUUCUGGGUACCAAUCAAGACUGUCUUCCUUUCAUAUGGAAGUUGUUUGCUCCUAUCUAUAAAAGUAGUGGAAGUUUGAAAUUGGGGUAGGUUGCCUUAUUAAACAGGGUCUUAAGUCUAUUUGAGAUAUUCAGAGUUGUAAAAAAGGAGAGCCUGUUUUUGGAAAGAAUAUCCAGCUAUUUCCCUGGAAGAGCAAUGUGGCUGGUGGUAGCUGAGGCCUCACUAUGUCUGCCAUUUUCAACUUUCAGAGUCUACUGACAAUCGUUUUGCUGCUUAUAUAUACCUGUGCAUACAUCCGAUCCUUGACUCCCAGCUUCUUGUACAAAAAUAAAACUGGACUGUUUGG